UAAAGCAUAGUAGAAGAGGGAGAAAAAAAGAAAAAAGAAAAAAAAGAAUUAUCUUACCAGUUGUUACAGUGAAGCUUAGAUAUCAUCGAACCCAUAGUUUUCAAGUCAUAAAUAAUCACACACACACACACACUCACACCAUUCUCAAUUCCAUCUCCCAUUCAUCAUCUCCGACUAUGGCUGCUGUUUCCACUUCUUUCAUUCUAACCAAUUCUGCAUCAUCUCAGGUGAAGAUCAAACAAUCCAGCUUGUCACUGAUUCUAAAUCGUCAAGGGAGAAUGCAACUAUCUUCACCCAGAAGGCCUCUAACGAUUCAAGCUACGUACAGUGAUGGCGGAAGGCCAAGCAGUGCUGGCGUCUUUGUUGGUGGCUUUCUCUUGGGAGGAUUAAUAGUUGGCACUCUUGGCUGCGUGUAUGCACCUCAGAUAAGCAAAGCACUAGCUGGAGCUGACCGGAAGGAGUUAAUGAGAAAAUUGCCAAAAUUUAUAUACGACGAAGAGAAGGCUUUAGAGAAAACCCGGAAAGUACUGGCUCUGAAGAUUGAACAACUGAAUGCUGCCAUAGAUGAUGUUUCUGCUCAGCUACGGUCAGAGGAAACCCCAAAUGGAGUAGCUGUGAACUCUGAUGAAAUUGAAGCUGCUACAUGAGAAUGCUGCAGUGAUGUCAUGGUACAAUUGGCCAUUUCUCUCUGUUAACUAAAAAUGUCGUUGGUACAAAAUGUAUUUGAUUUCAUGUAAUAUCUUUCCAUUUCUUCUUAGUAAUAAACAAAGUGUUUUCUGUGGGUAAAUAGUCUGUUUCUCUUUUA